CCUCACAUUGGAAAUCUUUCUAACUUAAGGGUUCUUGAUCUUUCGAACAAUGAGCUGAAGGCAUAUGAUAUGGCAUGGGCUUUUGGCCUUACAUCACUCGAGCUUCUCUACUUGAAUUCAGUGAAUCUUAGUGGAACACAGAAUUGGAACAUGGCGCUUCACAUGACUCCCUCGUUAAAAGAGUUCAGUUUGUCAGGUUGUAGUCUUUCCAAUGUAAAUCUUGGUCCUUUUCUUAAUUCGAGUAGAAUACUUCCCAACAUCCAACACCUCAAUCUUGGCUACAAUUCUUUCAAAGGCCCACUCCCUGGCCUUUUUCAAAAUAUGUCAUCCCUAACUUUCCUCGAUCUUUCUGGAUUUAAUCUUAGUUUGGCAUGGAACUUUCCAAACCUACUAAGCAUGAUCCCUUCUUUAUCAGAGAUUCAUUUGUCAGGUUGUGGGCUCGAUAAGACAUGUCUAUCUUCUUCCCCUCUUCUUAAUUUCAGUACACUUUCUAACAUCCAGCACCUCGAUCUUGGCAAUAAUCCACUUGGAGGAAUAUUUCCAUCCUUUUUGACUAACAUGAGUUCCCUAAGAGUCCUUGAGCUUUCAAACACAAUGUUGAAUUCAUCGCUUCCUAUUCUGCCUAAACUUCUAGUACUUCAUCUUUCUAGUAACAAGUUUAAGCAAAUUGAGCAUGUUGGUAUCUGGAGACAGUGCCACCUGAAACAAUUAAGUGUAACAGAUAAUGAGUUUGAUAUGGAAAUGACUGACCCACCAAAAAACGCAUCAGAAUGCUCCCAAUAUGCUUUGGAGUUUCUGGAAUUAAGUUGGAGUUUAAAAGGUAGAAUUCCAGAAACACUUGGAAGACUGACGAAUUUAAGAGACCUUGACCUAUCGGAUAACGGAGUGACUGGUACAAUCCCUGAAUCUCUAGGAAGAUUAAGUUUUUUAGAAGUACUUGAUCUAUCUCAAAACCAAUUGACUGGUCUCAUUCCAGAAUCCCUUGGAAAAUUGGCAGCUUUAACAGAUAUGGAUCUAGGAUCUAAUUUGUUAAAUGGGACUAUUCCAGUUUCAAUUGGGCAACUUGCCAAACUUCGUUCACUCUAUAUCUCUAGAAAUUAUUUAGAAGGAGCAAUUAUUGAAGCCCAUUUUGCUAACCUUUCGAUGUUAGAGCAUUUGGAUACUUCUUCUAACAGUAAGUUGACUUUCAAUGUUUCACGUGGGUGGAUACCUCCAUUCCAGUUGAUAUCUCUUUAUCUCGGUUCUUGCAAUAUUGCGAAUGGAUUUCCACAGUGGCUUCGAAAUCAAAGGAAACUUCAUAUGUUAGAUCUGUCCAAUUCCACAAUUUCGGGACCUCUGCCCACAUGGUUGCAGGAGAUGCCCAUCAUUCCUUGGUUAGAUCUCUCUCACAACAGACUCAGCGGACCUUUGACAAACCUUCCUAAUGGGGGAAAUGAUAAUGUUUUUAUAUUUUGGUCUUACCCCGUAUUAUUUCUAGAAUAUAACCUUUUCAAAGGAUCGAUUCCGAGGUCAUUGUGCAGAAGGAUAUAUUUGCAAGAACUUGAUCUUUCCAGAAAUAUGUUAAGUGGGAAAAUUCCCAACUGUGUGGGGAAUCUGCAGAGUUUGACAACCAUGAGAUUAAGCUCAAAUUGGCUCUCUGGUGUCAUUCCACGUUCAUUACCUCUUAUUCCAUCAUUAUUUUGGUUAAGUUUGAACAAUAAUGACUUUAUUGGUGAACUUCCUCAAGAAUUAGGGAAUCUACAAGGUUUGAAAGUCUUAGAUUUGGGUGAUAAUAAGUUCUCUGGAAAUAUACCCAAAUGGAUCGGGAAAAACCUUACAUCUUUGUUAGUUUUGAGGUUACGCAAAAAUAACUUCACAGGUAGAAUUCCUCCAUCUCUAUGCAAAACUUCAACUCUUCAAAUUUUGGAUCUUGCAUACAACAACUUAAUGGGAACCAUCCCUCGUUGUGUAGGAAAGUUAAAUGGCAUGAUUGAGAGUCACUCAAGAAUUGUGUAUCCUUUCGAUAUCGAUAAUGAUAAGAAUGUGAUUCAGUUCAUGAAAGAUUUUGAUAUUGAAUAUACAACAACUUGGAGAAUUGUUUUUAACAUCGAUCUUUCAAGCAAUAAACUCAUGGGAGAAGUACCAGUCGAGAUAACUACACUUUCUAUGUUGUUGGGUCUGAAUUUGUCUAACAAUCAUCUCAGUGGGGGUAUUCCAGAGAGCAUUGGAAACAUGACACAAUUAUUUUCUCUUGAUUUGUCAAAAAACAAGUUGAGCGGGAGGAUCCCUUCAAGCAUGGCAUCUUUGAACUUUUUGAGCCAUUUUGAAUUUGUCACACAACAACUUGUCGGGACAAAUUCCAACGGGAAAUCAACUGCAAACACUUACUGAUCCAUCAAUAUAUGCUGGGAACAAACAUCUAUGUGGACCUCCAUUGAGAAGCAGCUGCUCAAAUCAUCAAGAUCCAACAACAACAACAACAAGCAAGAAGAAACACAAAGCAUCUGACAAGUGGAUGAAGGUAUGGUUGUUUUACGUGGAUAUAAUUUGUGGUUUUGGAACAGGGUUUUGGGGUGUUAUUGGAAUUUUGUUGUUCAAGAAGAAAUGGAGACAGAUGCUUUUCAUGUUUGCUGAGGAAUCCAUGGACAAAAUAUAUGUUGCAGUCGUGGUACGAAUUUCCAAAAUCAAGAGAGGAAGAGAAGCUGCAUAGAUCCUCUCGAAUGCAAGUAAUUCUCGAAUUUACGUUAUUAAUGAUUGUUUUCCUUUUUAGAAAUGCUAUUGUGCUUAUUAAUGUAUAUUACUAUUUGGAUUUUGUA